CGUUCCUCAGUUAAACUCAGUGCGGCAGAAGCUGACCCGAUGAUGGAUCUGAACAGGAGAGAAAAAUAAACGAGCGAGGGAGUUAGGGAGACAGAGAGAGGGAGAUAGAGGUAGAGGAGAGCUGUCGGACCGUCCUACCCAUCGCUGCUGUAGCCUAGAGGAGGACACGUUCUCGCUGUUCGGUAGCAGCUUUUCAGCAUGACCACCCUGCGUCAGAGAAAGGGCAGCAAGGGGAAGGAGGCAUCCCUGGCGGCUGAAGUUCAGUCCCAGCAGUCCAACUGUUGCACCCAUCACCAUCCAGAGAAGAUCUUACAGGGUGAUUGGUCAUGGAGGGCUAUAAUCUGGACAUCGGUGGGCUGGUCUGUUUCUGUCGGUCUGGGCUUGCUGUGCUGCAUCUACGUUGCUACGCUACAUGAGAACGACUUGUGGUUCUCCAACAUCAAGGAAGUGGAGCGGGAAAUCUCAUUCCGGACGGAGUGUGGACUGUACUACUCUUACUACAAGCAAAUGCUGCAGGCACCAUCCAUACAGGAAGGCCUGUCAGAGUUGAUCCACGACAACUUGACAGAAUCCAAGAGGACCAUUAAUCUGCUGCAGCGGAUGAACAUCUACCAAGAGGUUUUUCUCAGCGUUCUCUACAGAUUGUUGCCUGUUCAGUCAUAUCUGGAGCCAGUGUAUUUCUACAUUUACACAGUGUUCUCGCUCCAAGCUGUGUAUGUGAUCGGUCUGUACCUCACAGCGUGGCUCCUGUCUGGGUCCUGGCUCGCCGGCACGCUCGCUGGAGUCUGGUACAUCCUCAACCGGGUCGAUACCACUCGUGUAGAGUUCACCAUCUCCCUCAGAGAGAACUGGUCUCUGCCCUUCUUUGCUCUUCAGAUCACCGCUAUCACUUGUUACCUCAGGCCUCAGCUCACCGCUUUGCAGCAGAAGGUGAUGGUGUGGUUGAUGUACGUGACGACGUUCUGCUUCUGUCUGACGUGGCAGUUCAACCAGUUCAUUCUGCUCGUUCAGGCCCUCAUCAUUUACACCCUGGACUGUGUCGACCUCUUAACAACCACACAGGUUACAACUCUGUACCUUGUCCAAGUGAGCGGCCUGCUGUCGGUGUGGCUUUUGCAGUUCUGUAAUUCCAUGAUACUAGGAUCACUGGUCCUGAGCUUCAUCGUAUCUGCACUCUUCAUCAGACAUUGCCAGUCUGGUCUGAAGACGGGGAGCCUGCUGCUGCGUCUGGGAAAACUUCUCCUCCACAGCACUUUGGUUCUCUUUCUGACCUUCAUCAUCAACUACCUGACCAAGAAAGCUCUUCAGCUCAGAUCGGACGAACACAUCUUUAAAUUCAUCAAGUCAAAGUUUGCACUGGGGUCGACGAGGGAUUUUGAUGCUAGUCUGUAUCUGUGUGAGGAGGCCUUUGGUCUGCUGCCCCUGGACACACUGGAGCGCCUGGCUGGUACCUUGCUGCUUUACCCCUACGUCUUCACCCUGCUGCUGCUCAGUGGCAUGCUCGCCGUGGCGGCGCUGCAGAACCUGAGGUCUAAAGGAUGUCCAGGAGAUGAGAAAAAAGGAGCUGCAGAGGGACGAGUGGAGGCUCUUCGUCCAGAUGUGGCCUAUAAUCUGCUACACACUCUCCUCUAUGGCCUCCUGGCUUUCAGCACUAUGAGAAUGAAGUAUAUCUGGACCGGCCACAUGUGUGCAGUUGCAGCUUAUGGUGUGUGUGGGUCGGAGCUGUGGACUCUGCUUCUCAAAGUUCUCCACUGCAACUCUAAAGUUUUGUUGAGGCUUGUCAGAUAUGCCAUUCCUCUGCUGAUGAUUGGUUACCUUUAUUACAAGUUUUGGCCUAAGCUGAUGGAGGAGUUAUCAGAGUUGAGGGAGUUCUAUGAUCCAGACACUGUGGAGCUCAUGACCUGGAUUAACACAAAGACCCCCAAGCAGGCGGUGUUUGCUGGAAGCAUGCAGCUCCUGGCCGGCAUCAAGCUGUGCACAGGCAGAGUUCUCACCAACCACCCACAUUAUGAAGAUAAAGACCUGCGGGAGCGGACCAGACAGGUGUAUCAGGUGUACGCUCGGCGGUCUCCAGAGGAGGUGUACGACAUCCUGAGGGCAGUGGGGGCCGACUACGUGGUGCUGGAGAACAGCAUCUGCUAUGAGCGGAGGCACCGGCGAGGCUGCAGACUGAGGGACCUGCUCGACCUGGCCAAUGGACAUAUCAUGGACGGACCCGGAGAGAACGACCCGGACCUCGUCCCCGCCGUCCACCCUCGAUUCUGCGAAGCCAUAAAGACAGAAGGUGUGGCCUACACCACGCUGUUCACCAAGACUUUCCAGAACAAAACCUUCUACGUCUACCGGCUGAAAAAGAAGCGCAAGAAAAGUGCCAAGAACUCGUUGGAUCCCAGCGGGACUCAGUAGGCCGGGAGGCGGAGAAAUGAAACCUCUCUGCACCCUGCUGUGAUCACGAUGAUUAGUUUUCUGUUUUUAUAAACGUUUGGUACCAUGAACUGUGACGUGAGAGCAGCUGGCCGGUCCAGGUUGAAGGUUCUAGUCUCAUUGAGGAACUGAAGCAGAAAACUGGUGCAGAAAGAAAAGAUCAACCAAAGUUUCUCAUUCUAAACAUGAUAGCUAGAUGCUCUGAAAGGUCAAAAUGUUUCUGCGUUCUGACUUAUUUCAGGUAGAAACAGUAAUUGAGUUGUAGACGUUUGGAAAUAUCAAAGAAAUUAAAUUUAUAUCAAGCAGCUCAAACAAUAGCUUAGAUGUUUCUAGAUGCUCCAGAAUCAGCAAGAAUAGAAAUUGUAGUGAGUUUCUAAAAAUCCAGAUGUACUUUUUAAGAAAUGAUGUAGAUGUAACUGAAGACGACUGAGAUUUUAGAUCUUUAAAGACCAGCAAACUGUUUCCAUCAUGAACUAAAUCAUUCCAGUUCUGUGCAGUUCUACAGUGAUGGUGGUCUGAUCAACUACUGGGAUAAACCGGCAGCUGCAUUCUGAAAAUGGCUCCGUUUGAUGAGUGUUUCCAUCCUUAGAAGGAAAAGACGACAGAUGUGAAGAUGUUUCUGUAGACCUUAAAAACCAGAAAACCAACCGGGCCGGUAUAGGCCGAGGCUCUGAUCGCUUCACCAGACCUCUGUCUCAUGAUGUCACGCUACCUAGCUAUGCUAGGCUAAUGCUAGUUAGUUCCUGAAACUAAAGUCACACAUCGGUUUGUUUAGACACCAUGUUUUAUUCUCGCUUUAUCUGCUGUCAGCUUUUCUCCGUACAGACUCUGAAUUCUAAUCGAAGGACUACUGGUGCAAUAUCAGUUGUUUUGGAAUUCCGAGCGGCCGAGAAUAUGU